AUGAGUCGGGUAGGUCGGGGCGCGCGAGCCUCCUUCAGUCAGGUGCCAGGCGCCGAGCGGCAAGCACCGUGUGAGCCUCGACCCGCACAACCUUCCGAGCGCUCUCGGACGCACGUUAUCCAUAUAUCGUUUGCAGCACCCAAUUGGCGGCUAAAGAUGUCUCGUCACGUGCUGUUGUCGCGCCUUGCUGAGCAUUUCCAAGAUGCGUCACCUGGACAACGUUUUCCUUCGCCUGAGAGGAGCGUAUCUCCUAGAUCCCCGGUGUCGGCCAGCUCGCCCCCACACUCCCCAGACUCUGUUACACAACAACGUCUAGAUAUGAUACCACUUGGCGAUAUUGAAAUCGCUGGAAGGGCACUUAAGCAAUACGCUAGAGCUACAGAAUUAGGAGCCUUGAUGUACUGUAGCGGUUUGGGCGCCCUGUACAGCGGCGGUGUAUGGCCGCUGCUGCUCCCCCAUGCAUCUCCUUUUGCACCUAGUUUAGAUCACGCCAGACACACACCACCCAGAGAUGAUGACGAAGAAGAGCUACCUUUGAACCUGUCGACAAAAAAUCGACAAAUUUGGUCACCGGGCAGCGCCUGUGAACGUGAACAUGUGGAGAUGGAAACCGACACACAAGCUCAAUGGGUCCAGGAGGACAUUGAAAGUCCUUUAGAGUUAGUCAAGAGAUGUCGAAGCAGCCCUGAUGAGGACCGUCCCUCUAGCGCGGAGCCCCGGCGUUGCCCAUCCGCUCCCGCUUACCACGCCUACCCGCAACCACCGCCGCCACCAUCGGAUAUCAACUUUUCAUUGCUCCUAAAAAAUGAAAACAAAAACGAGAAAUCUUUUCAGUGUAAGCAGUGUGGAAAGUGCUUCAAAAGGUCCAGUACGCUGUCCACGCACCUGCUCAUCCACUCUGACACCAGGCCCUACCCCUGCCAGUACUGCGGAAAACGCUUUCACCAGAAAUCUGAUAUGAAGAAACACACCUAUAUCCAUACUGGAGAGAAACCUCACAAAUGUGUGGUGUGUUCAAAAGCGUUCAGCCAGAGCUCCAAUCUCAUCACGCACAUGCGCAAGCAUACUGGUUACAAACCCUUCUCUUGUGGGCUGUGUGAUAAGGCUUUCCAACGUAAAGUCGACCUCCGUCGCCACAGAGAGUCCCAGCACGCCGAGGUAGAGCCGCCCAGUAUUACUCCCCAACGGUAUAGAUACUAUGGUGACGAUCAAACUCCACUCGCACCGCUUAUUUCUAAU